AGGCAUUUCCUGCCGUCCAGACUCCCACAAUAAACAGCUGUACGGCAGCGGUUAUGGCACGCUUCGUACCGCUAUUGUAUCCUUCCGGCAGUCCCAUCAUCCUCCGUCUCUCAAAGAUGCAAGUGUGCACGAUUAACUUCAAACUUCCAGCCGUAUCGCGCUUGGGGAACGGUGUCUCGAGUGCCCUUUACUAAUAUCAGCCCGACAGACGUCAUACGGAGUGAACGUUACUUUGUUUCAGGACGAGCGCGUGCUUCACCCCGUUCAUAUUUCUGAUUGACUGACGGUUACCAGGGAGAUCGUCAUAAACCGUCGAACCUAAACAGAUCUGUUAUUUUCGCGUCGCGUCCGCGUGAUCUGAGAUGAAGUCGACGGGAUAUAUCUAGAAAGCCUGCCACGUUUCUGACUUCGAGGGGCGAAGUUGCGACUGCAACAUAGGUUGACAGACUGGCUGGCACAAUGAAGGAGGAGAACUUGUUCCGCAGACGGUUCUCGCUCUGUCCCACAGCCACGUCCCCUCCUAAGAUCGACCCGCGCGCGCUGAGCCGCAAUCUGUCCUACGGCGGAGACAAUGAGCUGUACCCGCUGAGCCCAGGUAAUGAAACGGAGAGAAACGGUUUAGCCCUAACGAAGGAUGAGGUCAGCCCGGCCCGCUCGCCCGGCAGCCUGUCGGAUUCUAAACUGUUUAUUGGUUUAGAGAAAGAGUCUUCCUCGCCCACAGAGAAGCUGGCAAGAAAAGAAUCGCUAAAGGUUCAGAAAAUGAAUUAUCGUCAGGAAAAGAAGAGGGUUGCCAAAGAUAUAUUCAGUGCUCUUAAGGAUCCGAGUGUGGUGAUCAUGUCCUACUGGUUAAAGAUCCGCGGGACGUUAAAGAGCUGGACGAAAUUGUGGUGCAUCCUGAAGCCCGGCAUUCUGCUCAUAUAUAAAACUCCAGGUUCAGAGCACUGGGUGGGAACCAUCCUACUAAACGCCUGCAAACUCAUCGAAAGGCCUUCAAAGAAAGACGGCUUCUGCUUUAAACUCUACCACCCGCUGGAGAAGUCUAUCUGGGCCAUGAAGGGUCCUAAAGGGGAAACGGUGGGCUCCAUCACACAACCCUUACCUAGCAGUUACCUGAUCUUCAGGGCAGCGUCUGAAUCUGAUGGACGUUGUUGGAUGGAUGCUCUGGAACUGGCCCUCAGCUGCUCCAGUCUGUCCAAGAUGACGGCAAAGAGCUGCAGGGAAGGAGAUGUGUGUAGUUCCUCGGAGUCUUCACAUAUACUACAGCUGCUACAGUCCUCUGCUCUCACAGACCACGACCUGUUACAAUUGAAUGACUCCAUGUUUGACAACAACCACAUGGAGAACGAUGCCAACUCCGACAAAUCAGAGAGGGAGGCGCACGAGGAUUCUGACAAUCCAGCCAAUGAGAACGGAGGCAGACUGACAGAGGAGAGUGAUGCGGACCAAUCAGAUGACGUGUGUGUUCAGGCGACUGCUUUUGUUGAAGAACCUCAUGAGGAGAUGGGAGAGGCUGGUGAGGCUUCACAGGUGGAGACGGUGUCGGAGGAGAAUAAAGGAUUGAUCUGGAUGUUACUGAAGCAGUUGAGGCCAGGAAUGGAUCUUUCCAAAGUGGUUCUACCAACAUUUAUCUUGGAGCCGCGUUCCUUCCUGGAUAAACUGUCAGAUUACUAUUACCAUGCUGACAUUUUAUCACAGGCGGUGAUGGAGGACAGUGCAUACUGUAGGAUGAAGCAGGUUUUACGCUGGUAUCUCUCAGGCUUCUAUAAGAAACCAAAGGGUCUGAAGAAACCAUACAACCCUAUUCUUGGUGAGAUGUUUCGAUGUUGUUGGCUGCAUCCACAAACUGACAGCUGCACAUUUUACAUAGCUGAACAGGUUUCUCAUCACCCACCAGUUUCAGCUUUCUACAUCAGCAAUAAGAAGGAUGGAUUCUGUGUCAGCGGAAGCAUUCUGGCCAAGUCCAAAUUUUACGGAAACUCACUGUCUGCGAUUCUGGAUGGAAAAGCCAGGCUGUUGUUUCUGAACCGAGAUGAAGAAUAUAUUAUUACAAUGCCGUACGCUCACUGUAAAGGUAUCCUGUAUGGAACAAUGACGCUGGAGCUCGGUGGAAAAAUUACCAUUGAGUGUGAAAAAACACAAUGUUACACAGAACUUGAAUUCAAACUGAAGCCAUUUCUUGGCAGUUCUUGCAACGUCAAUCAGAUUUCUGGAAAGAUCCGUAUGGGGGAAGAUGUUCUGGCUACAGUAGAUGGGCACUGGGAUAAUAAAGUGCAUCUGAUUGAGAAGAAGACUGGCCACCAGGAGGUGCUGUGGAACCCCAGUCCAGAUGUGAGGAGAAACAGACUGAAGAGACAGGUGGUUCAGAUGGACCAGCAGGAGGCGUUUGAGUCUGCCAGGCUGUGGCGUCAUGUGACCGAAGCAAUAAACGAAAAAGACCAGAACAAAGCCACCCAGGAGAAAUUUGUACUGGAAGAAGCCCAGCGGCAGGAAGCCAGAGAGCGAGGCGACCGACCCUGGAACCCACGACUUUUCACUUUCAACAUUGACCCCAAUGAAUGGCACUACAGAUAUGUAGACACUAAGCCAUGGGAUCCGGAUCUCUGUCUGGUUCAGUUCGAGAAGGACGGCAUCAUCCAGACAAAAGAGAAGUUGCAACGCCAGCGAAACAGUUUCUCUUACAGCCAGAACUGGGCUGGACAGCAGAAGGUGCGGGUGAAUGGAAAGCACAGGAAAUCAAGCAGCCAGCCGUCCAGCUGCAGUCAGAACACAGAGAGCAGCAGCACCACACCAGAACCCAACCAUGAGUCAUCUGACAAUGAAGGUUUUAUGAAUCAGUGUGCCAGAUGCACUAAAGAAGUGAAGGACAUCGCCCUCAUAGAAGCCUCUGUGGCAGCUAUACAGAAAACACAGCAGGACAUACAGAGAAACCUGAGCGCAUUGGGUCGUCAGAUAACGCGGCACAAGACGACGGAGGAGGGCAAGACUCUGAGCGGUCGCCACUGUCUCAUCCUCUGCAUGCUGUUGUUCUUCCAGCUCCUCAUCAACUAUGUCUUCACUUGAGAUGUCACCUAGCGACCAUCGCCUAGCAAUAAACAGCCAAACCAUUACUAUCACACAGCCCCUGAAUGCCCCACCGCGAUGUUGCUGCCCGUCGUAUCCACACCAUCAAGCACUAAAGCACUUCAAUCAGAGAGAAAAAGACUCUUGUUCUGUUUUGUUUUUUUAUUAAUAUUAAAAAACGGAUAAUCAUUUUAGAGUGGUUAAACGCUGCACCGCCACUCUCCUUAACUAUCCUGCACACUUCCCUUCCGCAAUAUUGGUUGAAGAAGUUGAAGAAUGGAUGUAUGUUUUGUGUGUGCGUGUGUUAUUCUCGACCUCCUCUUCCAUUAAGAGACCGGGCCUUAAUAUUGAUGCCAAAAAAAUGAAAAAGAAAGGUAAAUUGACAUCCGCCAGUGCUAUACUUCAUGCUUCUGGUAAACGUCUCAUCACACAAAACAUUUGUUCGUUAUUAUUUUACCAAAACAGUGUUUCUGCGUAGUUCAGUACUAGAAAGAGUAAAUGUUUACAAACUCGAUUGUACACUACAUAAUGAAAAAAACUGACACCAAAUGUGUAGUGUAGAUUUAGGUGAAAUUGAUGGACCGUCGGCUGUCGGUAGUGCAACGAUAGAAUGAGAGACAACAUUCAUGUUCAUAGCAAAAGGCCAGUCUUCAUCCUGACACUCGCGGCCUUCUGAGCAGUUUCACGUCACUGAUGGAUGAAUGGACAAAGUUCAAAAGUGUAUAUAUUUUGAAUGAAAUUGAGAAUGUAUUUAUUCGAUCAGUUCUGUUCGAAAAUUUAAAAAUGCUUUGUUCUUUCAGGUUUUCUGGGAUCAAGUUUAGCUGAGCAUCAAAUUGCUUUCCCUUUGGUUUGUGUUGUAUUUAAAGUUACUGUAUGUUCAGCGUACAAAACUUCCAAUGCAGGAUUCAUAAAGGAAAUUUGUGCUUGAACGAUGCUUGCGCUUUUAAGUCAUAAUAGAAACCAAGAGAUUGGUACUAAAGCAAUAAGCUCCAAGAAGGAGUGGGUUACAGUGCAUUUUAUAAAAGCUAAGGCCGUGUUCAGACUUGACUUCUUUUUUGAAACUGCUAGCUUCUGUUUUACAUUGUAAUCCUAUGGAGUAAACCGUGUUUACGAGCGUUUUUUUAAACACAAGUGCCGGCGUCUUUUUCUGCAGCUCAGAGCGUCUUUUGAGGUUGAAAAAAACGCCCUACGUCAAACUCCUUCUUCACAGCUAACCAACGACAUAGACCUGUCAUUUCCAUAACAACAUGCGAGGAACGUGAUUGGUCGAGAAGGCUCAAGCUUGAAAACAUAAAAUGGCGGCCGAAACGCCCGUUGGAGCAUAGUUUUGUAUAAAUGUAAGUUUAAUUUUCACUUUUAACAACUUCUGAUUGCAUUUUCUAGCGAGAAAUUAGUAUUAUAGUUUUUAAAUACGUGAUUGGUUAUUGCAAAGACGCUCUGUGUUUAUAAUUCAUAUCCUAUCUGUUUCUCUGAGCUGCCUUCGUGCACAGACGCUGCCUCCGAAGUCAUGGCUUUCGGCUGCUAUUUGUAACCAAACGCUGCCAGUGUUUUUUUCUUUACUAUAAAAGCGCCUUUGUCAACUUUUUCUAGUCAAAAAAGAAGUCAAGUCUGAACACGGCCUAAGUAAGUUGUGGCACGACGUGAAGCAGACUGCCUAAAAUCCCCCUAGCUGUUAUAAAAUGUAACCCACUGCUUCUCGGGGCUUAUUGCUUUUUAAAAACGGUUUUCCAUAUGCGUAGCAAGGUUUCAUAAAAUAAAGUAAAUAAAGUGAUAUUUAAGCUAAUGCGGUCAGCAGUUAUAAAUGAAGGUAUUUUAUAACGGCUUAGAACUCGGCUCAACCAAUCAGAAUCAAGGACCAGAACUGACCGUUUUAUAAAUUUCAUUUUACUUUUUCGUUUUUUACAGAGCACUCAGUUAAAUGUCUAAUGACUGAAACGAAUGAGAUGUCAACAGUUCACUGUGUCAAUGAUUGUUGCGAACUUCAGCACCACAGUAAAGUUUUACAUUUCCACUUG